UUUUUGUGUUUUUGCUACUAAACAAAUUCUGUCGCAAAAAUUUCACUAAGAGAAUAUCAUAAAUAUUUGUCGCGUACAUAUUUUCUCGAUGUGACAUUUUACACAGAAUUGGUAAAAAAGCAAUUCAAAUUUAUCGAAAUAUAUAACAGGUUUUUUGGUCAAAGGUUUUUCAGUUUUUUAAUCUAUUACAAUUCAUUUCAAGCAAGCUGAUUUCAAGAACUAUGUUUCAUAGUGAAGAUUACCAAGAAAAUGGAAAUAAUAAUACCGAAGUUUUUACCAUGCAUCAAUUCCAAGAUCAAGAGAGUGUUGAUAUAGAAACAUUAUACGGAUCAGAUGAAAAGUUGUUGCGGAAAAAAGAUGAGUACCAGAAAACAUUCUCAGUACAUGGUCUAACAAAAAUUUGCACUGGAAGUAAAGCUGAAUCGAUAUUUUGGAUUAUCAUCCUUCUUUCUGGUCUGUCUGUUUCAAUUCUUCUUGUUUACCGACUAGUGCGAAAGUAUUUGCAAUUUAACAUUUACACUGAAGUGACUGAAAUAGCAACCAAUCAAAACACUUUUCCUGCAAUUACAUUCUGCGAUUACAAUUUAAUGCUGGCCAGUUACUUUGCAUACUGUGGAACCUUAGCUGGCGCGAGUCAUCCAAAUCCAAAAAAUCCCUGUGAUGCUUCAAGAAAGAAAAAAAAAAUUUCAAAUAAUUCGAAAAAAGUACCAGUAAAAGAUGGAAGAUGGAAUAGUAAUUUUUACAAUGUUGUUAAAUGUCAUUCGUGGGGUUCUAAGUCUUGCAACAGUGGUAAAUACUUAACAUCUCUAACUCAAUACUCUCAUGCUUGCUUCACAUGGAACUAUAAUGGAGAUUUCCAUGAUGCUUAUGGGCAUGCCUUUAUAAUGUUUGAAGUGAAUGAAACUUUUACAAAGCAGCAUUCAUAUAUUGUUGCACUUGUGCAUGAUCCUAGAGUAAAAGAAUUGGACAUGACCAAUAGAGUAAUUUUAGAACCAAAAAAAGCAUACGAACUAAGAAUUGUAAAAACGAUGCUAAAAAGAUUGCCUUCGCCCUAUCCAUCGAACUGCACUGCAGGUAAACCAAUUGAUAUUUUCCCCGGUAAAUACACACGUCGAACGUGUAUGGAAUCCAAAGUGUUUGUAAGAAUGCUGAAGAAAUGCGGAGAUGUGCCAGACCACGUAGCGCAGUACAUUCCACAGCACAUGAAACAAAAAUAUGCUACCAAUAAUAGUGUCAGGGAUGUUUUGAAAUGCAUUUAUGGCUUUCAAAAAGAAGAAAUUGAAAUUGCGACAGAUUGUGUGUUACCGUGUGAAGAAAUGGAGUUGAUGACGAUGUUAUCAUCCCAUGAAAUGUAUGGCAAACAAGAUGGAAACAAAUCAAUAUAUCGAGUUGAUAUACAAUACCAGAACGUAGAUACUUACAGGGUCGUUGCAGAAAAGAAGCUCUUUUCCUGGGAUCAAGUCAUAGGAGAGGUUGGUGGCUUACUUGGCUUGGUCAUUGGCGCAUCUUUUAUGUCUGUUAUUGAAAUAAUCGCAUAUCUUUACCUGAGCUGUAUUGAUAAAAUCAAAAGCCGAUUCAGAGUAGAGUUGAGUUUUAUGCCUUAA